AUGCCUAAAGAUCAUGGUGUGGUUUUCACGAUUACUCCAGCUGUAGAAGAUGUAGAAGAUGAAGAAUCCAUUGCCUCGUAUCAGAGCAGUCAACCACCCGAAGAACCGAUGUCGAGACUCACAAAAAGGCGACUUUCCUAUCCACAAGUGCAAUCAAGUCUAAAUACUUCUCAUCCCGAUUUGGCCAAUUCAAGCAGAAAUGAAAGCAGUAUCUCUUUACACACAAAGGAGUUCCUUCGGAAUCAAAUAAAGCAUUUACCGAUCGGACACUUUCGACGCAUCGUUCAAGAGCGAAAACUUGGCUCAUACAAUCGAGAAACGCAAUUCUUUACUGAUGUCACCACUAUGCAUGGCCCGCUUCGUGUCUAUCUGGGAAACAAGUUCUCAACGUGGUUCUGGGGAACGAUCAUGUGUCUCUCAUGUGCUCUUCUCGUCAGUCAAAUUGUCAACAUCACAACGCUCUACACGAGUAAACCGGUGGUUUCACAGGUCUCUUUCUUGAUCGAGGACUCAGGGAUUCAGUUUCCGGUUGUCACUUUUUGCAAUUUCAAUCCGAUCAAGAAAUCCUGGCUCAAUGGGACGAUUAAAAAUGAUCAAUUUCCGGAAAAACUUUUGGAUUAUUUACUGCAAGCAAAUGUUGAAAUGCAGGCUCUCUUCAGCAACGCUGACCCAAAAGCGCUCGAAGAAGGGGAAAAGCUGCUGAAAGAUUAUCGCAAAAUCAACAAAAACAUUUCCGUCAACAAUUUCUUUUGGUCUGGAGGAUUUGAAUGCGAGGAAAUCAUGAAACUGUGCUCGUUUGGUGGCCGAAAAUUCAAUUGUUGCGAGCACGCGGAUCCAGUUUUGACACCGCUUGGGAGAUGUUAUUCCUUGGAUUUGGUCAAAUUUGGCGAUCCCUGGAUGAAGAAACAAGUGGCUGCUGGAGAGUACAAUGGUCUUCAAGUCAUUUUGGACACUCAUCUGGAGGAGAUCUCCUACAGUGGAUCGGGAGAAGAAUCUGAUCCGGUGUUCACAAACUCUUUCGAGAACGGUUUUCGGUAUUUCGUUCACGCGCCUGAGACGCUUUCUUAUGUUGCAUCUGAGGGAAUCUCUGUUUCACCAGAUACCCGAGCCUACACAUCAAUUUCCACUACAAAUUAUGUUCUUUUGGACACAAAGAACUGGGGAAACUGCAUAAAGGAAUGGCCACGAAAGUAUAAAACGAAUGCUGCUUAUUCGGCUGGGAAUUGUGCUCUUCAAUGCAAAGCUCUUUUCUAUUAUGAGCGGUGUGAAUGCGUGCCUUUCAUGUACAAUCUCGAUUUCAAAAGACCAACAUGUACCCCUUACGAGAUGUACAAUUGCAUGAAUGAAACGAAAAUCAACAAUGGAACCGAUUUCGAGAUCCCGAAUUGCCAAGAAUGUGCUGUGGAGUGUGAGUCGUGGCAGUACAACUCUUUCAACUCGUAUGGAGUCGGCUUCUCGGACGGAGCGAUCAAUUGGUUGGUGGAUAGGAAUAGGAAUAAGAAUCUCACAAAGGAGCAUGUCAAAGAGAAUUUCUUGGCUGUUUCGGUCUUUUUCAAGGAUUUAACCUAUAUACAAUACAAUCAAGUGAAAGGGAUCUCGAUCUCGGAAACACUCAGUGACAUUGGUGGGAAUAUGGGACUCUGCUUUGGAAUGUCGGUGAUCACUUGCACAGAGAUCUUAAUGUAUCUAUCGAAACUUUUCUGGAUCACUGUUUCAAAAAGGAGACGCAAUUAUCUUUACGAGAAGAAGCAGAAAGAAGAGGAGAAACAACAAACGAUGGACGCGAUCGCUUCGGAGAUGAAUUUAAAGAAAAUGUUAGCAGCGGGUUUAUUAUUUCAAAAGUUUGACAAUGAGAUGGAAAGCUGUGAUCGAAAAGAUGCAAAAUCUUGUUCAACUGCCUCUUCCGGUUCAACUUCUCCAAAUCCACCGACUCAUUCAGUCAAUUUAACAAUCGAUAUCUCGGACGAAUCGAAUCCGAAUCCUUUGAUGAAACAA